AUGGAACCGGAGCCGACCACUGCCGCUCUCCUUGAGGCUAUCCUCAACCUCACCAACCAAGUUGGGUCCUUGCAGGCCCAAAUAUCAUCCCAAGGCCAACAGCUCGCAGAGCUCAAAGCCAUAUGCAAGGAAACCAACAACCUUGUUGGUGACAAAGACCAGGGCGGAGCCCAAACCAAGCCUGGCCCAUCGACUGGGCCUAUCACCCCUCCUACCCAUUCAGGGGGGGAAGCUCACACUCCAGGCACGGUUAGGCCUGGGCUCAAAGCCCCAUUCCGCCCCUCAAGAGGAACAGGUUUUGAUUCAGAGGACGAGGAACCAAGGCUCCCCAAAAAGGAGCCUCAAGGAACGCCUAGAAGGCACUUGGGGUAUCUCACUCCCUUUGACGCAGGGUCCAGCGUAAAACAACCCAAGAUGGACCUCCCCAAACCCUUUAAAGGUGACACCAGGGGACGAAAAGCCACUCAGUGGCUCGAUCGAAUGAUGCUAUGGGUAGCUCUCCAUUGCAAUCAGUUCGACGAGGAAGAACAGAUGGUUGUGUGGAUUUUAUACCACAUGACAGACAAGGCCGCUGACUGGGCCCUCCCCAUCAUUGGGAACAUCAUCAAGGGCAAGGGUAACCCUCCUACCACCAUCCAGGCCCUAACAGCCAAAUUCAAGGAAGCCUUUGCCAAUCCCGACGCCAAACAAGCCACCGCUAGGAAAAUUGCUGCGCUCACUCAGACAACCACUACGUCUGAGUAUGUUACCGAGUUCCGCAAUCUUAUGGCAGAACUUGAUUGGAACACUGAGGCGUACAUUGCCCAGUUUGUGCGCGGUCUUCACUGGAAGGUGAAGGAACUCCUGUCCACCAAGGACAAUAUCCCGGACGACGACCUUGAGGCUAUAUUUGCUGCCUCCGUCAAAAUAGACAACAUUUGUUGGGAAAACGAGGAGAACCGACCCAAGAAAACCCCCGCUAAGUCCCCGGUUUCCACAGCCACCACUUCCACCACCACCACUCAACGGGUCCGCUUAUCAGAGGAUCCUAACUACGUCACUCCGGAGGAAAGGGACCGCCGCCGCGCAUCUGGGCUGUGCGUCAAAUGUGGGCAGAAGGGCCAUGGAAUCAAGCAGUGUCCCAAUGGUUGGAAGGCCACUCCCAAAGAAACUGCCAAGGUGGCCCAGGACAAGUCGGAAAAAGAGUAA